UCACACCAAUGCAGUAAGGCACAGGUGUCAAACUGGUGGCCCUCCAGCUGUUGUCAAACUACAAGUCCCAUGAGGCAUUGCAAGAUUGACAGUUACAAGCAUGACUCCCAAAGGCAAAAGCAUGAUGGGACUUGUAGUUUUACAUCAGCUGGAGGGCCGCCAGUUUGACACCCUUGCACUAAGGCAUGGUGGGCAACUGUGGCCCUCCAGCCGUUGGUGAACUACAAGUCCCAUCAUGCCUCUGCCUUUGGGAGUCAUGCUUGUAACUGUCAGUUUUGCAAUGCCUCAUGGGACUUGUAGUUCUACAACAGCUGGAGGGCCACAGUUGCCCACCCCUGGCCUAGG